AUGGGUAUGCCUCCGCUCCACCUGCUUAUAUCUAUCUUGUUUGGACAACCGGUGCUCGGGCACGUGCGGCCACAUAUCCUGUUUGUGCUGGUAGAUGAUCUGGGCUGGGCAGAUGUGGGAUUUCACAGAGACAAGGCGAAUCCAGAGGUUGUCACACCCAAUUUAGACAGUUUAGUGGCAUCUGGAAUUCACCUUAAUCGACACUACGUGCAUCACAUGUGCACUCCGACUCGCACUUCUGUGCAGUCUGGCCGCCUUCCUGUGCAUGUGAACACUCGCCUAAGCGGUCCAUGCCAGGAUGACACAGGCAUCCCAUACAACAUGACGGGAAUGGCUGAGAAGAUGAAGCAGGCAGGCUACAAGACCCAUUAUGUCGGCAAGUGGGAUGCUGGGAUGUCAACCCCACAGCACACACCCCAUGGCCGAGGCUAUGAGACUAGUUUGAAUUAUUUCUCACACAAGAACGAUUUCUACAAUCAAUCCAACAUGCAGACGUGCUGCGACUCAGACCCGACCAUCGUUGACUUCUGGCGCACAGACCGCGGCGCCAGUGACGUGAAUGGCACGGGCUACUCGGAGUUCCUCUAUCGCCAGGAGCUUGUGAACAUUGUGCAGCGGCAUGACCCUGAGCUUCCCCUUUUUCUGUUCUACGCCCCGCACGUCGCCCACUGCCCACUUCAAGUGCCCGAAUCGUACUACAGCAAGUUCGCUUGGAUGGCAGAUGACGAGGAUCAAUGCAAAGACAGGAUGCAGGGGAUUCCCGUUGACCCAUCCAACCCUGCAUUGGAAUAUAAAUGCCGGCAGCAGCACGCUGCGAUGAUCAUGCUGAUGGAUGAGGUGGUGGGCAAUGUGACUGCAGCGCUGAAAGUGCGGAACAUGUGGGAGGACACUCUUAUGAUCUUCUCAUCAGACAACGGUGGUCCAGUGAGAAUCCUUGAGAAUGCUGCCAACAACUGGCCACUUCGUGGAGGUAAAUUCGGGAACUUCGAAGGAGGCAUACGUGCGACAGCGUUCGUUUCGGGUGGAUUCCUGCCAGAGAACGUGCGUGGAAGUGAAAGGGGCGGCAUCAUUCAUAUUGCGGACUGGUAUGGCACGUUGUGUGCCCUGGCUGGUGUAGAUGCAUCCGAUCAGCGGGCUGCAGCAGCUGGCCUGCCACCAAUCGACUCUGUGGACAUGUGGCCCUACCUUAGCGGCGCAGCGGACGCAUCCCCACGCAACACCAUCCCAGUAGGGGACACCUGCCUCAUCUCCGGCAGCUGGAAGUUGAUGACUGCAGCUACAACGCCCAGUUUAUGGCAGGGACCCCGGUACCCAAACGGAAGCACCAGGGAGUCAGAGGCGGAGACUCCAGGAUGCAGUGAUGGUUGCUUAUUCAAUGUGGAGCAGGACCCCACGGAACAGCGGAACUGGUACUCUUUGCGGCCCGACAUCGUGGCGAGCAUGUCCCGCCAGCUCCAACAGCUGCAGCUCGGCUUUUUUGAAAACCAGGAUCGGUUUGCAAACAGCUGCCCGAGGGAGGUGGCCAACUGUGCAUGCUGGCUGGCCCGCAACCGAUACGGAGGUUUCCUGGGCCCCUAUGCGCUACUGGACCCUGAAAUCCCUGAAGAAGCCCAUGCCAUGGUUGUUUGA